AGCGCGGAGCGCCGAUCGCGGCGGGCAUGGCCCUGCGCGCGGGACUCCCUGGCAGCAGCCGAGCCACGGUGGACGUGAACUUGGCGACGCGCUCCUGCGGCUCGGCCUCGGUCAUGUAGCCGCCGGCGGCGCUCCCCGCAGCACGGGAGCCUCAGCGCGAUCCAGACGCAGCCGAGCAGCCGGGGCUUCCCCGGGAGACGCCAAGCGUCCCGCCACCCAUCGGGCGGCACUUUGGUCCUGAGAGGGACAUGGGGGAGAAAGUUUCCGAGGCGCCUGAGCCGGUGCCCCGUGGUUGCAGCGGCCAAGGCACCCGAACCCUAGUCCCUCCGGCGGCAGCCGCGUCCUCGGAGGGCGCUUCCUCGGCGGAGUCGUCCUCGGGCUCGGAAACUCUGUCGGAGGAAGGGGAGCCCGGCCGCUUCUCCUGCAGGUCUCAGCCGCCGCGGCCGCCGGGCGGCGCCCUGGGAACCCGGCUGCCCGUCGCGUGGGCUCCCGCGCGCGUGGCAUUGGAGCGUGGAGUUCCUGCCCUGCCGCUGCCGCCCCCCGGAGGAGCGGUACUGCCGGUACCCCGGGUCAGCAGCGCAUCCCAGGAGGAGCAGGAUGAGGAGCUCGACCACAUACUGUCUCCGCCACCCAUGCCGUUUCGGAAAUGCAGCAACCCAGAUGUGGCUUGUGGCCUUGGAAAGUCGCUGAAGUAUAAGAGACAGCUGAGUGCUGACGGGAAGCAACUGCGGCGAGGGAGCCUGGGAGGAGCCCUCACUGGGAGGUACCUCCUUCCAAACCCCGUGGCAGGACAGGCGUGGCCUGCCUCGGCCGAGACGUCCAACCUCGUGCGCAUGCGCAGCCAGGCCCUGGGCCAGUCCGCUCCAUCCCUCACGGCCAGCUUGGAAGGGCAGCCUCCGAAGAGCCAUUUCAACUCAGCUCGACACCGCCAGAGACUAGUGGACCCAGCGGCUUCAAAAAAGGAGCUGAGCCUCCCCCGACGAGGAAGCCUUUGCCGAACAAGCAACCGGAAAAGUUUGAUAGGCAAUGGCCAGUCACCAGCUUUGCCUAGACCACACUCGCCUCUCUCUGCUCAUGCAGGAAAUAGCCCGCAAGACAGUCCAAGGAAUUUCUCCCCCAGUGCCUCAGCCCAUUUCUCCUUCGCAAGGAGGACGGACGGGCGUCGUUGGUCCCUGGCUUCUCUCCCCUCCUCAGGCUAUGGGACAAAUACACCAAGCUCCACGGUCUCUUCAUCCUGCUCCUCCCAGGAGAAGUUGCACCAGUUACCAUAUCAGCCAACCCCAGAUGAACUGCACUUCCUGUCCAAACACUUUUGCACCACUGAGAGCAUUGCCACUGAGAACCGAUGCAGGAACACGCCCAUGCGCCCCCGUUCCCGGAGUCUCAGCCCUGGACGUUCCCCCGCCUGCUGUGACCAUGAAAUAAUUAUGAUGAACCAUGUCUACAAAGAAAGGUUCCCAAAGGCUACGGCUCAGAUGGAAGAGCGUCUAAGGGAAAUUAUCACCAGCUACUCCCCAGACAAUGUCCUCCCCUUGGCAGAUGGGGUGCUGAGCUUCACCCACCAUCAGAUCAUCGAGCUGGCUCGCGACUGUUUGGACAAGUCCCACCAGGGCCUCAUCACGUCACGAUACUUUCUUGAGUUGCAGCACAAGUUAGAUAAGUUGCUCCAGGAGGCCCAUGAUCGCUCCGAAAGUGGAGAACUGGCAUUUAUUAAACAGCUAGUCCGAAAGAUCUUAAUUGUUAUUGCCCGCCCCGCUCGGCUGUUGGAGUGCUUGGAAUUUGAUCCUGAAGAAUUUUACUACCUAUUGGAAGCCGCAGAAGGCCAUGCCAAAGAAGGCCAGGGAAUCAAAACUGACAUUCCCCGGUACAUCAUCAGCCAGCUGGGUCUCAAUAAGGAUCCUCUGGAAGAAAUGGCUCAGUUGGGGAAUUAUGAUAGCGGGACAGCGGAAACACCAGAGACAGAUGAAUCACUGAGUAGCUCAAAUACUUCCCUCAGACUUCGAAGGAAACCCCGAGAGAGUGAUUUUGAAACAAUUAAAUUGAUCAGCAAUGGAGCCUAUGGGGCGGUAUACUUUGUUCGGCAUAAAGAAUCCCGGCAGAGGUUUGCCAUGAAGAAGAUCAAUAAACAGAACCUCAUCCUUCGAAACCAGAUCCAGCAGGCCUUUGUGGAACGUGACAUCCUCACUUUCGCGGAGAACCCCUUCGUGGUCAGCAUGUAUUGCUCCUUUGAAACAAGACGCCACCUGUGCAUGGUCAUGGAGUAUGUAGAAGGGGGAGACUGUGCAACCUUAAUGAAAAACAUGGGUCCUCUCCCAGUUGAUAUGGCCAGGAUGUACUUUGCUGAGACGGUCUUGGCCUUGGAGUACCUGCAUAAUUAUGGAAUUGUGCACAGGGAUUUGAAGCCGGACAACCUGCUGGUCACCUCCAUGGGGCACAUAAAGCUGACCGAUUUCGGCUUAUCUAAAGUGGGGCUGAUGAGCAUGACCACCAAUCUCUAUGAAGGUCACAUUGAGAAGGAUGCCCGAGAGUUCCUAGACAAACAGGUCUGUGGUACACCUGAAUACAUUGCCCCCGAGGUGAUUCUGAGACAGGGCUAUGGGAAGCCUGUGGACUGGUGGGCCAUGGGCAUUAUCCUCUAUGAAUUUCUGGUUGGAUGUGUGCCUUUCUUUGGGGACACUCCAGAAGAGCUAUUUGGACAAGUCAUCAGUGAUGAAAUCAACUGGCCUGAAAAGGAUGAGGCCCCUCCUCCAGAUGCCCAGGAUCUGAUUACAUUGCUUCUCAGGCAGAAUCCGCUGGAGAGGCUGGGAACAGGUGGUGCCUAUGAAGUCAAGCAGCACCGCUUCUUCCGCUCCUUGGACUGGAACAGUUUGCUGAGACAGAAGGCGGAAUUUAUUCCCCAGCUGGAGUCUGAGGACGACACAAGUUAUUUUGAUACUCGGUCAGAGAAGUACCAUCACAUGGAGACGGAGGAGGAGGAUGACACCAACGAUGAGGACUUCACCGUGGAGAUCCGGCAGUUCUCCUCCUGUUCGCACAGGUUUUCAAAAGUUUUCAGCAGUAUAGACCGAAUAACUCCGAAUUCAGGAGAGGACAAAGACGACACCGAGGACAAAACCAAAAGCACAACACUGCCGUCCACGGAGACGCUCAGCUGGAGCUCCGAGUACUCGGAAGUGCAACAGUUAUCGACGUCCAACUCUUCGGAUACAGAAAGCAACAGAUGCAAGCUCAGUUCUGGCCUGCUUCCCAAGCUGGCUAUCUCAACAGAGGGAGAGCAAGAUGAAGCUGUCCCUUGCUCUGGAGACCCCAGAGAGGAGCAGGAAAAGCCAGUCCUCCCUCCCGAGGAGGGCACGCAGGAGGAGCCCGAGGUCACCACUCCAGCCAGCACCAUCAGCAGUUCCACACUGUCAGUUGGCAGCUUUUCAGAGCACUUGGAUCAGAUCAAUGGGCGAAGCGAGUGUGUGGACAGUACAGAUAGCACCUCAAAGCCGUCCAGUGACCCCACUUCCCACAUGGCUCGGCAGCGGUUAGAAAACACAGAGAAAAAGAGAAUUGCGGGGAAAGUCACAAAGUCCCUCUCUGCCAGUGCUCUGUCCCUCAUGAUCCCAGGAGAUAUGUUUGCUGUGUCUCCGUUGGGAAGUCCCAUGUCCCCGCACUCCCUGUCUUCAGACCCUUCCUCUUCACGGGAUUCCUCCCCUAGCCGAGAUUCUUCAGCCGCAUCUGCCAGUCCCCACCAGCCCAUUGUGAUCCACAGCUCAGGGAAGAACUAUGGAUUUACCAUCCGAGCCAUUCGGGUAUACGUGGGCGACAGUGACAUCUACACGGUGCACCACAUCGUCUGGAAUGUAGAAGAAGGAAGUCCCUCCCACCAGGCUGGACUGAAGGCUGGGGAUCUGAUCACGCACAUCAACGGAGAGCCGAUUCAUGGACUCGUUCACACGGAAGUCAUUGAGCUUCUGCUAAAGAGUGGGAAUAAAGUGUCAAUCACCACUACCCCGUUUGAAAACACAUCAAUCAAAACAGGACCCGCCAGAAGGAACAGUUACAAGAGCCGGAUGGUAAGAAGGAGCAAGAAGUCUAAGAAGAAGGAAAGUCUAGAAAGGAGGAGAUCGCUCUUCAAGAAGCUAGCCAAGCAGCCUUCUCCUUUGCUCCACACCAGCCGAAGUUUCUCCUGCUUGAACCGAUCCCUGUCAUCUGGGGAGAGCCUCCCCGGGUCCCCCACCCACAGCUUAUCGCCACGGUCUCCAACACCCAGCUACCGCUCUACUCCGGAUUUCCCUUCAGGUACCAACUCCUCCCAGAGCAGCUCACCAAGUUCAAGUGCCCCCAAUUCUCCAGCAGGCUCCGGGCACAUCCGGCCCAGUACCCUCCACGGCCUGGCCCCCAAACUCAGUGGGCAACGAUACCGCUCUGGAAGGCGAAAGUCAGCGGGCAGCAUCCCGCUCUCCCCCCUGGCCAGGACACCCUCUCCAACUCCCCAGCCUACCUCCCCACAGCGGUCACCAUCUCCACUGCUGGGACACUCACUGGGCAAUGCCAAGAUCACUCAGGCCCUUCCCAGCAAGAUGCACUCUCCCCCCACCAUCGUCAGACACAUCGUGAGGCCCAAGAGUGCAGAGCCGCCCCGCUCCCCACUGCUGAAGCGGGUACAGUCUGAGGAGAAGUUGUCACCCUCCUAUGGCAGUGACAAGAAGCACCUGUGCUCCCGCAAGCACAGCCUGGAGGUGACGCAGGAGGAGGUGCAGAGGGAGCAGUGCCAGCGGGAGGUGACGCUGCAGAGCCUGGAGGAGAUCGUGUGUGACGCGCCUUCCCUCAGUCGGGCCAGGCCAGUGGAACAAGGCUGUCUGAAGCGGCCUGUGUCCCGGAAGCUGGGCAGGCAAGAGUCUGUGGAUGACCUGGACCGGGACAAGCUAAAGGCCAAGGUCAUAGUGAAGAAACCAGAGGAGAAACAUGAAUCCCACCAGAAACCUCACAGCCUUGGUGGUGACUCAGAAAGCUAUGCUCUCUUCAGGCUGGAGGAGAGAGAGAAGAAAGUGUACCCCAAGGGACUGGAAAGGUCAGGUCACUUUGAGAACACAGCAGCAGAGUCUCCUUGUGUAGGCAGCCUGCUGAAGGACACCCUUCACAAGCAGGCCAGCGUGCGGGCCAUCGAAGGGGUGACCUCAGACGGGGCAGCAAGCAGCCUGGCACCUGGGGAGCACGGCCAAUCUCUAAGUGACUUUAAGCGGGCCUCGGCUUCUAGCAUCCUCCAGGAGUCUAUGUGCCACACCCCUGACAGAUCCACUUCUGGAAAGGGUGGCUACAUAGAGAAGGCCUCCCAGGCCAAAGAGCUCCUUCGAAACGAGAAGUUGGACAGCAAGCUGGCCAAUAUUGAUUACCUCCGAAAGAAAAUGUCACUGGAUGACAAAGAUGAUAGUCACUGUGCCAUCCUGAAACCCAAGAUGACAUCUAGCACCCAUGAAUGCUUGCCAGGGAACCCUGUACGGCCCAUGGCUGGGCAGCAGGAGACCAUGCCAGCCUCCGAGAGCCGGGCAUUCAUCAACAGUACCCACACAUCUCAGAUGAGUGCCGUUUCCUUUGUUCCUCUCAAGGCCUUAGCUGGCCGGGUAGAAAAUGGAGGUGAGAAACCAGGUUUCGUGGCUCCUGAAUCCCCCGUGAGGAAGAGCCCCUCCGAGUAUAAGCUGGAGGGCAGGUCAGUUUCAAGCCUGAAGCCAAUUGAGGGCACGCUGGACAUUGCUCUCCUGUCUGGACCUCAUGCUUCCAAAACAGAGCUGCCUUCCCCGGAGCCUGCACAGAGCCCCAGCCCAGCCCAGCCCAGCGUCAGUGUGGGAUCCUCGGGGUCACCAGCUCUUCCCAGUAGCAGCGGGAAAAAGAGUAACGCCACCAGCCUGAGGGAGCCUUCCUCUGCCAGCUUAAAGGUGAAUAAAUCGUACUUGCUGGAGCCUCGGUUCCUGCCCCCAAGCCGGGGACUCCAGGACUCACUAGCAGCUCCUGGGAUAGAAUCAAAGUCAAAGCAGGACAGGAAGGCUACUCAUCCUGUGGCCAGGAGCACAGCAACUGUCCCCGAGAGCCACCUCCAACAGAAAGAUGGUGGUCCCACCAAACACCAAGACCAUGCCAGUGUUCCUGACCCGGCGCAGACCCUGCACAAUGCUGACCCAGCCAGGCUGGGUAUACGUGCCCCGCUGCCGCCAGAAGUGACCCCCUCCAAGGAGAAACCGUGUCCGAAGGAAGGAGCUGAGAAGGUGAAAAGUCAGUGCUCUGCCAUAAGGGAUGAUGUAUACAGAGAGCCCGGUGUGAAGCUGUGUCCUGCAGAGAUGAGUAAAGCCAGUAACAAUUCCAAAAACCUCCCUCCUGGGGGACGGACCCAUCCUGAUUUCUGCAUGCAGACCCAGACUACAGAGAAAACACGGGCAUGUGUAAAACCAAGCUCCAGAGAUGGCCAUGAUGAGGCGAAGUCCCUGGCCAGGGAGGACUCCUUGUACUCAGCCAGGCUUCUGUGUGAGAAGGAGGUGGGCAGGGCAAGAAAAGGCACAGAAGCCAAGCCUGAAGUCCCUGCUACCAGGCAACCUCCUCAGCCACCAGGAAUUGAGAGCGAGAAGAGUGAAAAGCCCUCCACCACCCCCUCUUUGCAGAAACAGGUUCCCAGAGAGCCCGACAGGAAGGAACAAGCUCUGCAGAGGCACGGAGGCAACAGCCCUCAACAACCCCUGACCACCAAAGAGCUGUCCAACCCAGCAGCUUGGCAGCAUUGCAGUUCACCAAACCACACUCUUACCAAGGAGCUGGGGACCAAAUCCGCUGCCACAGAGCCAAGCACCAGCCUCCAAGACACUCCCCGAUCUGCUACUGCCACCGCUACCACUACCACUGCCACCCCCAUUGCUGGGCACAGUGACUGUAGUAGCCAUAAGUCCCGGCCUGGCCCUGACCCCAGCCCUUCAAAGUCUAAGCAUACAGACAGGUCCCUCUCCUCACAGAAACUGAGUGCUGCAUCUGCAAAAGGCAAAGAGCCUGCCACUCAACCCCUCCUUGGUGGCUCCAGCAGAGAGGGGAAGGGUGGAAGCAAGGGUCCCCUGGACAUGUUCCCUGCCAUCCUGGCCACCCAGGGCAAAGCGAUCGAUGUGUUUGGGCAGGGAGAAAGUAGGGUCACUAUCACACUCCACACGGAAGAGAGUCCUCUAGAUGCUAAACUGAAAACCACCAAUGGAGGCUGUCCCCAGGAGAUGCAGGAGAAGCAUCCUCCCAGACAAGGAUAUCCAGCGUUCAGUGAAGCAAUGGACCAGAAACUUCCCACUGCUGGUGAAAAGCAAAGCCUGUCUCCAAAGCAUCCCAAACCAUCCACUGUGAAAGACUGCCCUACUCUGUGCAGACAGACAGACAAAAGCCCAAGUCAGCAGGCUUCCCCUGGAGACAGAAAGUUGGAAGGGAAGAAAGGGACAGAGGCACUUUAUGUUCCAACCUCAGAGGGCUACAAGCUGGAGGCCAGCCCUUCUCCCCACCAUGGUGAGAGCCGACUCAAAGGCCCAGAGAGACCAGCCAUGGGCAUGGGGAAGGGCUUCUCAGAGGCCAAGGGGAAAGGGCCUGGUCCUCAGAAGCCGCUGGCUGAAACCAGUAAGACAAGCGGUAUGAAACGGUCACCCUCUGCCACUGCACAGAGUUCUCUCCGCUCAGCUGGCCCCCCAGAGAAAUCUCUGAGCUAUUCAGCCAGCUUUCCCGAGGCCCAGCCUGCAGCACGAGAGGUCACUGCAGCCACCAGCAGCCCCUCAUCGGCAAAGGCUAUCAUGGGUACUUCAGAAUCCUCAGCCCCCAGCAACAGGGACCAUAGGAAAUCCCAGUCUGGGGGAGAUGGCCGAAAUCAAAUGACAAAGAGUGACUCUCUGCCCUCCUUCCGCCUUUCCAACUCCACCCUGGAUCCACACCUCCCAGACCCACAGAUGCCCAGCACAGCCGGCCACCGGGACAGGGCACUGUCAGUAACUGCUGCCACAGGGGAACCCAGAGGGAGAGAGCUUACCCAACCUCCCCCAGCCAGGAAACAGAAUGUGGGCAGGGAGGUGACCAGAGCACCCCCAGCCCAAAGCACGGACCGCUCCCUCGCUCUUUCCUCGGAGAAGGACUACGUGGUGCGGCAGAGGAGGGGCAAGGAGAGCUUGCGUAGCAGUCCUCACAAAAAGGCCUCCUAACAAGGGGCCCUCGGUUACAGGGCUGCGAGACCCCGCCAGAGCAUCCGUGUAACUGGGUCGUUGCCACCUUACAAACCAGCAUUGUAUGGGAAUGUCCUCCAAGCAGAGCUCCGGGGCUCACAGAGGAGGAGAGACAGAGAAAAAGGGAACUUUCUUCCAGAUGCCUUCCCAGUCGUAACCGGUAAAACUGUUGCCAGAUAGUGUUUGUACAAAACCUGCCUCUCCAGCCGUGUGCUGGUGAGGAAGUCUCUCUGUACAUACCUAGCAAUGUGUUUGGUUUGGGAUGUAGAGUGUGUACCUCGCUGCUGACCGCCUUGUUGACCGCAGCUUUUCUGAGUGAAGAUACGUCUUUUACCACUUAACCAUCGUGUGGUAGUGAAGCAAAGUGGUCAGGGCUAGGUACGUGUGAAAAUAGAAUCCUACCCAUGCUCGCGUGUGUACACAUCCACCUAUGUGUUUUGGUCUGUGGUUUGAGGAUAGUUCAAGGCUCCAUUUGUAUAAGUAGAGUUAAAGAUGAAAGGAAGCCCUAAAUACAGUAGAUGGUGAGUUUUUGUGUGUAUAUUUAACCAGGAUCUCUGAUCAUACUGAAUCUGGCUACCUGUAUUUUCUGAGCUGCUGCUUUCGGACCCAUCUCCUAGGAGUGAGUGGCCAGGUUAGGUAGAGCCAGGCAUCUAUUUGACAGCCCUUGUAGGGGACCUUUUGACCUUCAGGUCCAAGUGGCCCAUAAAGGCAACUGUCUCCAUCUCUGGGUCCUGUGUCUGGCCUUCACCUGAGGGUACGCAGAGACUAGAAACACACUGUGGGUCUCUGGGUCCUGUGUCUGGCCUUCACCUGAGGGCCCACAGGGACUAGAAACACAUUGUGGGUCAGCUUUCUUCCUUCUCCCUGUCCUUUCUGAACUCCUACCCUCAGGCCUUCAUGCUGUGAGUCCAAGAAGCACAUGGUUAUGGUGGGUGCUGCGCCAGCCCUGCCCAUGAGGAAACGGGAAAAUCACUGGCUGCACACCAAUCCGCUAGUACUUAGGUGGAGUGAUACGCAUUAGGAAACAGAAAAUCACUGGCUGCACACAAACCUGCUAGUACUUAGGUGGGGUGAUAUGCAUUAGGCAUUGGAAGAGGUUUUAAAUUUGCUUUUGUUGAGGAAAAGGGGGUGGGGUGGAUUUUGGCAUCAUAGCAUAUAUAUUAAAGAAUAAUCAGGACAUCAGAUACAUUUUAAUACAUAGCUGGGGCCUUAUGUUGUAGAUGAAGCUUGCUGUUUUUAGCAAGUUCCUGGGUUUCACAUUCAUUUCUGACGCAUCGAGUAGCUCCAUGCAUUUCAUAACACGAUCUCUUUAUUUGUAUGCAAAAAUUACUGUAUUAAUAAAGAGCAGCAUUUUGUAACAAAGAGACUGGAGCUAUUUGGUGCUUGAAUGUGACCAUCCUUUUUACUUUUGCUAAGCCUUAUUUAAAUUUUGUAUACCAUGAAAUGUGUAGAGUCUGUCAGAUCAUUUUAGUGCUGAGGGUUUUUCUGAUUUGUUUCUGUUGUUGCAGUUUUUUGAUGGCUUGUUUUGGACUAUAAAAUGGCACUCGCUGAAAUACAUACUAAGGCACAAUGGAGAUACGUUUUUAUAAGAUGCUUGGGAUACGUAGCAAGACUUUGUUCUGUAAGAGGAAAAAAAUGACAAACGAAUAUUGAAUCUAGCACCAGACCCCUUGGGGGUGUCUUGGUGUCUUUCCAUCAUAAGCUCGUUUAUGUGAGCACAGUCUGGGUUAUAGCUAACCUUGUAAGGUUGUAAGCACUCUAGAAACAAAGGCAUGGCAUCACUGACUGCUUGGUUGACCAUUGUUACAAAGCCGGUUGGCGAUGAGAAAGGAAAGGAAAAAGGAGUGUUCUCUUCACCCUCCUCCCCACCCCCACACAGCUCACCUCCUCCCCCCCAUCACUACAUUGUGAAACUGUAGAACAAAUAUUUUUUACAAGAACUCAAAUGGGUCUCAAAAAUGGUCUCAACACUUAUAAUGCAUAUCUGGUUGGCAGAUCUAAUGGCGCAAUCCUUCUCUACUCAGACAUCAGGACAGGUCUGUCCAGGAGGUAGUUCACCGUUUACAGCCCUUUCCUUUCUAACUGUCCAGUUUUCUUUUAAGCACAACUAGCGGCUUGUUUACAAAGGAUAUUUUUAUGUAUAUUUUGUAUAGUGUAUUAUCAUUUUGCCAAAUAUGUUUUUGCAUUUUGGAUGAGUAAAGAGUACUUAAGGUUGCUUACAUGUGAUACCUGUUUGUUGUUGUGAAUCUCCCCCGCCAGCUGGUAGAACUUCUCCUGUGUUCUCUUUGGUCAGUCUCCAUGUGGUUGUGAGAUGUACCCCUCGGUAGGACUCCCAGCUGUAGAUUUACCAGCUUCGGUUUGUUAGGAUCUGUGCAAUAAAGUGCUGGCAGUCUUAUUUUCUCCGAGAAAUUUCCCCAUGAAUGUCAUAAUUGUUGUAUAUUGAACAAAUAUUUAUACUUAUGCAGUUGCAUAACAUUGAAUAAAAAU